UGUCUGGGGUCUCCCCAGGGGCCCUCACCUGGGUCAUGGCCCAGAGGGCAGGCCUGGGGCCUAGGCGGCUGGAGGCCGCUGCCAUUCUGCUGUUGCUUGGAUUGGUCCGGUCCGGGCUGGCCUUUUGCGGUGUGGCCUCCCAAGCACGCAUCACAGGUGGUAACAGUGCAACCCCUGGCCAGUGGCCCUGGCAGGUCAGCAUCCUCUAUGAUGGCAAUCACGUGUGUGGCGGUUCUCUCGUGUCUGAGCAGUGGGUACUGUCGGCUGCCCACUGCUUUCCAAGGGAGCACCGCAAGGAAGACUACGAAAUAAAGCUAGGUGCCCACCAGCUGGACUCCUACACCCCUGCGGCCGAGGUCCGCACCGUGGCACAGGUCAUUUCCCACCCCAGUUACCGUCACGAGGGCUCCCAGGGGGACAUCGCACUCGUCCGUCUCAGCAACCCCAUCACCUUCUCCCGCUACAUCCGGCCCAUCUGCCUCCCUGCAGCCAAUGCCUCCUUCCCCAAUGGCCUCCAGUGCACUGUCACUGGAUGGGGCCACGUGGCCCCCUCAGUGAGCCUCCAGGCCCCCAGGAUACUCCAGCAACUUGAGGUGCCGCUGAUCAGUCGUGAGACAUGUAACUGCUUGUACAACAUCAAUGCCAAGCCUAAUGAGCCCCACUUCAUCCAGCAGGACAUGGUGUGUGCUGGCUAUGUAGAGGGGGGCAAGGAUGCCUGCCAGGGUGACUCUGGGGGCCCACUCUCCUGCCCUGUUGGGGGCCUCUGGUACCUGGCAGGCAUUGUGAGCUGGGGUGAUGCCUGUGGGGCCCCCAACAGGCCUGGUGUGUACACUCUGACCUCCAGCUAUGCCUCCUGGAUUCACCACCAUGUAGCGGAGCUCCAGCCUCAGGUGGUGUCCCAGCUCCAGGAGUCCCAGCCCGACAUCAACCUCUGCAGCAACCACAUGGCCUUCAACUCUGCUCCAGGCCAGGGUUUGUUGGGGCUUACCCUUUUGCUAUCACUAGCCCUGACCCUGGGCCUCCUCUAGCCAUGGUGGGAGCACUGAGCUACUCACCCUGGGAGUUGACCCCGUUUCUAGAACUGCCCUAUUGUACACAAGGACAGACGCCUGUUCCCAGGAAUGGACCUGGCCCCUCCUUGACAGUUUGGCCUGAGGCUUUAGUCACUCCUUCCUCCCAGGACCCUGUGGGAGCUCAGGGCACCAUCAUGACCUUUGAGCCCACACUCCUGGGUUUGUUCUUUGGGACUGCAGCCCAGAGCCAGGAAUUUUACUGCCUGUGGUACUGGCUAGAACCUCUGGCCACCUCCUGUCCACAAGACUAUUGGUUGGGCUCCUAUGGAGCUCCCAAGGAGCCUUCGCUAAGAAAAUGGGCCCUGGCUCUUACGUUUCUGGAAGACUGGGCGGCUGCCCAGCUGACUGCUGCUGAAGGGCUGGCUCCUGUGCCCGAAGUGCCUGCCUGGUGAGCCCCAUCACUCUGCCCUCCUGUUGUCUUCUGGGCUGGAGCUGCCUCUGAGCAGCAUGUUUCCAAGGACAGAAAAGGCCCCAAUCUUGCCCCAGUAGCUGCCAAGCCCCCACGGUGCCCUGAUUUCUGGACUCCGGAGGACUGAGCCCCCACCGGAACCAGGCUUGAGCUUGGAUCUGGGGUAGAGGGUAGAAGGAGCAAGAAGGAAUAAAAUGUUUUGAGCAUAA